UAUACGACGUUCUUCCAUGGACAUGGGAACACAAGGCGAACGAACGGACGCUAGAAAUACAUCCAGUGCUACUACUGGCAGCAAUGCGGGUGCAGAUGAACACCACUGCAAACACUUUGACGACGUGAAGCUCCCCUGGUACCAAAGGGUGAUUCUCUGGAUGCUCAGCUUGGGUUGCGUACCACGAAGUAUGGCCAUAAUCCCGGACGGCAACCGAAGAUACGCCAAGAAAGUCGGAGCAUCUGUCAACGAAGGUCACUUAGCGGGAGCGCAACGAAUGGAUGAGGUUGGACGGUGGGCUGAAAAAAUGGGCAUAAAAGAAGUUACCAUCUACGUGUUCAGCACGCACAAUUUUAAGAGGCCGAAGGACGAAAUCGACGGGAUCUUCGACGAGAUUCAGAAGUAUUCUAACAACGUCAUCGACGAACCACAUGCAGCUGAAAGGAAGCAAGUUUGUGCCAGGUGCGUCGGUGAUCUUGAGAUGCUACCGAGACACGUGCAAGUAUCCCUUGCAAAGCUGGAAAUGAUAACGUCUCCAUACUCCAAGCGGAGAACGAAUUUUUGCAUCGCCUAUUCCGCUCGGCAUCAACUGACGCGCAUCACGGAGAAGAUGGCCCGAGCAGUUAAAGAACAACUUUUAAAACCAGAGGACAUUACAACGAGCCUUAUUGGGGACCUCUUGGCCGUGGAAGAAGCUCCAGAUAUUGAUCUUCUCAUGAGGACGUCGGGUGAAACGCGACUCAGCGACUUUCUCUUGUGGCAGACCAGUUACGCAAUGUUGUAUUUCGAGGUCAGGACGCUACCGGAGGUCAGCUUCUGGGACUUCAUCAAGGGUGUCUUGUACUACCAGGUUCGAGCAAGAGCGAUACAGGGAGUAAGGGAGAGACAUCAAGAAGCUACAGCCACCCUUGAAAAGUGCUGUCCCGAACAACUUCUUCGACAGAGAAUUUUUCUGAAGCAAAUGGAGGCCGACCGCAUCCUGUAUGUGAGGCAGCUGACGAGAGACGACUGAGAGCAUUGAUGUUCACUACAUGUUUGCCGAUAUUGAUUUUCAUUUACGUCAUUGAGUUGUGAUAUAAAAAGAAAAAAAAAACAACUGAAACUUCGUUUCUGUUGGAAGGCAAAGAACAAUAACUAAAUAAGCUAUUGAUGUGUCGUAUAUGUUCC